AUGUCAUCUGUGCACUCCGCCUCCGAGCCGCCUCGGAAGUCGACGAUAUGGGAGGACAUCAAGGCGUAUCGGAAGGCCUACUGGCUUACAGCCGUCGCGUCAUUCGGUGGAAUGCUGUUCGGUUGGGAUACCGGGCUCAUCGGUGGCGUCUUGACAAUGGACGCCUUCCAGCACUCCUUCAACCUUGACAGCAAGAGCUCCGACUUUGCCAACCUGCAGGGUAAUAUCGUGUCUGUCCUGCAAGGCGGCUGCUUCUUCGGCGCUGCCGCGUCCUUCUGGCUCAGCGACAAGAUCGGCCGGAAAUGGUCGCUCGUCAGCGCGGACCUGAUCUUCAUCAUUGGCUCCAUCAUCCAGACCUGCUCGGGCCUCGGCACAACAAACCUCACCCAGCUCUACAUCGGUCGAUUUAUCGGGGGCUUCGGCGUUGGCUUGAUAAGUGCAGUAGUGCCUACGUACAUCGGCGAAAACGCAAACAGGGAAAUCCGUGGGCGGUGCAUUGGAUGCAUGCAACUGUUCAACGUCACCGGGAUCAUGCUCAGUUACUUCGUCAACUACGGCAUCAGCAACCACAUCAAGAGCCCCACCGACGCGACAAAGUGGCGCAUUCCCUUUGCUCUGCAGAUCCUCCCUGGCGCUCUCCUGCUGCUUAUCCUCUUCGAGAACGAAUCGCCGCGCUGGCUCGUCGAGAAGUUCCGCAUCGACGAGGCCAGAAAAGCACUGUCCCGCGUCCGGGCCCGCCCCGUCGACGACCCUGUCAUCCGCGACGAGCUGCACGAGAUCCUCGCCGACUUCGAGGGCAAGGAGAAGCUGUCCCUGUCCCAGCAGCUGAGGCUCGCCUUUUCCAGCAAGCAGAUGCUCUACCAGUCGUCUCUUGCCGUCAUACUGAUGUUCUGGCAACAAUGGACCGGGACGAACUCGAUAAACUACUACAGCCCCCAGAUCUUCAAGAGCGUUGGCCUCGCGAGCAGCUCUGCAGGCCUCUUUGCUACGGGCAUUUACGGAGUGGUAAAGGUUGUUUUUACUGCGCUUGGGUUGAUGUUCGGCGUUGAGCAAGCUGGGCGAAAGGCAAGUCACGAGUCCUUCCUGCCGGUACUAGACAAGGCGCCCAUCAUGAUCAAGUCGAGCGCUGACCCACCAUCUCUACCAGUGGCAGUGCACCCCAACGACUCGACCCUGUCAGGCAACAACAUCUUCGCCAUUAUUUGCGUGUACCUGUUCGUAGUGUUCUACUCGUUUGGCUGGGGUCCUAUCCCCUUCGUCCUCUCGUCUGAGUGCUCCCCUAAUCAUGUGCGAUCUCUCGUCAUGGCUGCAUCUCUGAUGACUCAAUGGCUCUUCAAUUUCGUCAUUGCGAAGCUCACGCCAAUCAUGCUGGAUCGCAUCACGUACGGCACGUUCCUCCUGUUCGGCGCUUGCUGCAUCCUGAUGCUGCUGUACGCCGUCUUCUUCGUCCCGGAGACCAAGGGCGUCCCGCUCGAGAGCAUCAGCGUCCUCUUUAAAGAUAACAUUGUUGCCGGCGCCACAAAAGACACCAUCCCUAGGUUCAGCCGCGCGAGACAACUGCAGGAGCAUCACUUGACGGCAGGAGAGCGGACCGGCGGCCCAGGCGGCAAGGACGUGGAUGAUGAGGAGCGUGAUGGACAGGCAGUGCAUGUGGCUUGA